AUGAGGCCAAUACUAGGCAAUAGGCAUACGACUAGUCACAGAGUACUGAUUGGCAGUAGACUGAUAAAGUUCGUUCUUAAGUUUCUCCAGCAGAAGAUAGUAAGACAAGUCUUAUGGACUGACAGCCAGAUCGUCAUAGAAUGGUGCAAAUCUGACAAGCUAUUGCCACCCUUCGUUGCCAGGCGGAUAGAAGAGAUCAAAACAAAUAAAGAUCUGGAGAUCAGAUACCUUCCAACAGAGCUAAAUCCAGCUGACGUCGGCACCAGACCCACCUGCUCGAGAGAGGACAGGGAGAAAUGGCUAAGUGGUCCACAAUUUAUAGUUCAAGAUCCGAAGACGUGGCCAACAACUUCAGGCGGUGGACCAACCAGUUCUCUCUUGAUUGGGGAGGGUCUUGGGAUCCAAGAAGACGAAGAACUGAUGGAAAUAGUUGAUCCGGAUAUACACAACGUUAGUCCGAUGGAAACGGAGGACAGUAUAACUGAAAGGGAAGUAGCGAGUCAUGACAAUGAUCAAAUGCCAGAUAAGUUACUAAAAUUGAAAGAAAUUCAAGCUGAAUACUUUCCUCUAGAGGUAGAAGGAAAGGUAACUAGUUUAAGUUUGAAUUUAGGCAUAUUUAAAGACAUAGAUGAGUUACUAAGGUGUAAAGGUCGUAUGAAACACGCAGACUGGACAUUCGAUAAACGCUACCCUAUACUUAUACCAAAAGAUUCAGAUUUCACCAACGAAAUUAUAAUGAAGACUCAUCAAGAAAAUAAGCAUGUUGGAGUAAGUCACACGUUAGACAAGAUAAGGGAAACUUACUGGAUACCACAAGGAAGAAGCCAAGUUCAAAAGAUUUUGAAGAAGUGCUCCGAAUGUAUGAAGCAGGACGGAGGGCCAUAUAAACUACCAGAAACUCCUGCGUUACCGAAAGAGAGGGUCAAUUAUAGCUCACCAUUCACAUACGUUGGUACCGACUAUCUGGGACCACUUCUAGUCAACAAUGGGAAUGGCAAUUGUAAAAGGUGGAUUAGCCUCUACACAUGCUUAGCCGUAAGAGCCAUUCACUUAGAAGUUGUAAAGGACCUAACUGCGGAAGAAGGUUUAAUGGCCUUACGUAGAAUGAUUUCAGCAAGAGGUUGUACCUACCUUAAUAACGUCUGA